GUGGAGGAACAUGCGGUCCCGCAGCAACAGUCUGGAGGAUGUAGCCAAGGCCAAGCUGGCUCAGCAGCAUAAUGAGUCACACAAGCGAUCCACAGAGCGGGAGGAACCGUCGGGAAGAGCAGAACGCCGAGGUCGUCAUCGGGAGACACCAGAUGACACUGGCACCAUUCAGCGAAACAACAAGAUAACGAAGAACAGCGCCAGUGCCGGUGGAGGUGGACGAACCAGCGGCAGCAACGCUACGAAGGGUGGCCGAAGGGAGAAGAGCAGGGAUCUUUCCCGAGAUGAUCUCGUUUUCCUGCUGAGCCUUCUGGAAGGAGAGCUCCAGGCCAGAGACGAGGUGAUCACAGUGCUGAAGGCAGAGAAAAUCGACUUGGCCCUGAUAGAAGCCAAAUAUGGUUUUGUCACACCACAGAAUGUCCUGCAGGCUCUGCAGAGAGACGCCAUCCAGGGCAAGUCUGACACCUUCCAGGAAGACAUCUACGAGAAACCGAUGGUAGAGCUGGAUAAAUUAGUGGAGAAACAGAGGGAGACCCAUCGACGGAUGCUGGAGCAGCUGCUGAUGGUGGAGCAGGCGCACAAACAGGCUCUGUUCAAGCUGGAGGACGAGAAGAGAAACCAUGGGGAGUUCAUGAAGAAGAGUGACGAAUUCACCAACCUGCUGGAGCAGGAGCGUGAACGAUUAAAGCUGCUAAUAGACCAGGAAAAGGCCUACCAAGAACGAAAAGAAGAUGAAUACACCAAAAAGAUCUCAAGUCUGAAGGAAGAGUUGACAAAACUUAAGUCGUUUGCGUUGAUGGUCGUAGAUGAACAGCAGCGUCUCACUGAACAGCUGAACCAGAAAACAACAAAAGUCCAAGAACUGAGUGCCAGCUUGUCACAAGCUCAGGAAGAACUGAGCUCAGCUAAUGCUUGUCUUCAAGACGAGGAACAAAAGGUUUGUCGUUUGGAGGCGGAGCUGCGUGGCCAAGCCAGUCGAUACCAUCAGGAACAAGAGGCCAUGACUGCCAAGCUAACGAGCGAGGAUGCUCAAAACAGACAGCUGCGUCAGAAACUGUCCGCCCUCAGCCGACAGCUGGAUGAGCUGGAGGAGAGCAACAAGAUGCUGCGCAGAGCUGAGGACGAGCUGCAGGAGCUGAGGGACAAAAUAAGUCGAGGAGAGUGCGGAAACUCUGGCCUCAUGUCAGAGCUCGAAGAGCUGCGGAAGCGGGUGCUCGAGAUGGAGGGCAAGGAUGAGGAGUUGAUCAGAAUGGAGGAUCACUGCAGAGACCUCCACAAAAAACUGGAGAAGGAGACCAGCCAGAGCCGGUGCUUGAAAGCUGAAGUGGACCAACUGAAUCACAGAAUUAUAGAUUUAGAAAAACUGGAGGAUGCAUUUAGUAAGAGCAAACAGGAAUGCAUCUCACUCAAAAGCAACUUGGAGAGAGAAAGAACCAUGUCAAAGGUCCUGAGUGGCGAGUUGGAAGACCUGAAAGAAAGAGUGAAAGAACUGGAGACUGCUGAGAGCCAUCUGGGCAAGACCGAGCAGACACUGAAGGAAGAUCUAACUAAGUUAAAGACUCUGACUGUCAUGCUGGUGGAUGAGAGGAAAGCAAUGGCAGAGAAGCUAAAGCAAAUGGAGAACAAGGUGCAGAACAGUACGGGCAAACUUCAGGCUGAACAGGACAAAGUUACAUCUGUCACAGAGAAGCUAAUAGAGGAGAGCAAGAAAGCACUGAGAUCGAAAGCUGAGCUGGAAGAGAAAAUGUGUAGUGCUACAAAGGAGAGGGAUGACUUGAAGGCCAAGCUAAGAGCGGAGGAGGAGAAGAGCAACGACUUGGAAUCAAAGCUGAAUAUGACGAAGAAACGAGUGCAAUCGCUCGAGACAGCUGAGAGAGAAUACCUGAGAAACAAAACCAAAGAGGAGCACAUCAAAUCACCACUCGUUAAUCGCUUCCAGCAAGAAGACAACAAAGUCAAAGAUUUGACACAGGAAGUUGAGCGCCUCAGGCGCAAAUUAAAGGACAUGAAAGUAGUAGAAGGCGAUUUAUUAAAAACACAGGAUUUUGAAUCUCUGGAGAAAAGAUUCAACAAUGAACAAGAAAAAGCUCAAGCCCUGAUGGAGGAACUGGAAAUAUCAAGAAAAGAGCUUUCAAAGUACCAACUGGCUGAGAAGAAAGAAUGCAACCAAGAGCACAUUCUUUACAAACGCUUAAAAGAGGAGGAAGCCAAGUCGAGUCAUUUGAGCCGUGAAGUGGCAGCUCUCAAAGAGAAGAUUCAUGAAUACAUGGGAACAGAAGAGUCCAUCUGUCGCAUGAAGACAGACCACUCAACGCUGCAAAGAAAACUCACCCAGCAGGAGGUCAGAAACAAAGAACUCGCCAGAGAAAUGGAAACACUCACUCGGGAGCUUGAGAGAUACAGACGCUUCAGCAAAAGUCUUCGCCCUGGCAUGAACGGAAGGCGCUUUUCAGACCUGCACUUGUCCACCAAAGAGGUUCAGACUGAUCCAACUGACCUUCUGUCUCCCAACGAGAAGACUAUGGUGCCCCUUGAGCGAGCAGUGGUGAACGGGAAGCUGUACGAUGAAAGCGAUCUUGAAGAAGACACAAAUUACAGCAAUGAGCUGAAGCUCACCACGUGCAGCCCUUCCCUCAUAACUAAUGUCAACAACCUAAACAACAACUUGAGACGAGUGAGAAGCCCAUUCCUUAAAAGCAAAGAUGGCCAUCUUCAUCAGGUGAACGGCAAAUUGCAACCACGGCACAAUGGCAACCAUGUCCAGCCGGGAGACGUUGUAUUGACCCACCAUCCUGGGCAGCCUUUACACAUUAAAGUCACUCCAGACCAUGGACACAACACUGCAACACUAGAGAUCACCAGUCCUACAGGGGAAACCCCCCAAUCUUUCACCAGCACUGCCGUCAUACCCACAAGUGGAGGUCCACCCAAGCAGAGAAUCACAAUCAUCCAGAAUGCUUCCAUAUCCCCAAAAGCAAAAUCUAUUUCUCCAACAGCUAAACCCAAGUGUUCCCCCAUGUCAGAUGAGCCGUGUUCACCGGACAGGGCCCUGUCACCAUUCGCUAUGACUACCUACUCCAGAGCAAUGACCCCAGACUCAUGUGGUUCUGUAUCACCAGACCGAGCCUUGUCACCCAUCCAGAUGGUUUCAGUAACAACAGGUGUCCCUGAGCGCUCCCUUUCCACUGAGCCAGUGGAGGUCGUUGGUGGGCACGCCAUCUUCUGCGUGACUCCAGAAAGGCAGAACAGCUGGCAGGUCCAGAGGUCCAACAGCUCGGGUUCGAACGUCAUCACAACAGAGGACAACAAAAUCCACAUUCACUUAGGAAGCCCAUUCAUCCAGAGCAUUAGCACUCCGUCUCAGACGCUGAGUCCAUGCCACGUGCCCAGACUCCAGGAGCAAAGGACUCCCAUUGUUGCGAACUGCAAUGCUCCUGCCGUCAAAGGCAACAGCAAAAUCACAAGUAGCAUCACGAUUAAGCCCACCUCCACCCCAGUCCAAAGGCCAUCACAGAUUACAAUCCCUGUAGAAGCAUUCCGACGUCCAGGACCGACCAGGAUCCCCAAACCAAAGGGUUUCAGCUCCCCGAAAGGUGUCAACAGCGCAGUCACAAACCCGGGACUGCAAACUAAAAGUCCAUCGCUGCCGGCUUCGUCUCACAACAACAACAACAACCCAAACCUGAUGAACCGGAGACUGUGACAUGACUGUAGAGACUCGGACAAACCAUCCUCCUCGUGAACUCGAGUAUUAAACAGAUUUGUGUUUGUGUUUUGAAUAACCAGUUAUCCAGAUGUUCAUUCUUGGUGCUUUGAGGUUCUGGAAGAUGCAGCUGUUUUGUGGUACUUAGCUCAGUGUGCACACACUUUAGGAAACAAUUUAAAUAUUGGGAAUUAAUCCUCUGCUGUGACAGAUUUGUGUGAGGAUGUGACUCGUCCUCAGUAAACGGGAAACAUUAGAACAAUCAGAGUGUUAAAUGCUUGUGUUGUUGAAUAGUUUUGUUGUAUAUUUGUACAGUGAGUGACCAUAUCUGUUGAGCAAUAUGAAGGUGAAAAAAAAAAAACGUUAAUUCAUUUCUACAUACAGGACACAAACUGGCAAUAAUGUACAGGACUGAGGCGCUGAAACGCAGCUUGAUUAUAGUGAUUUGCUCUAAAAAUGUGACUCCUGUGGUAUAUUUUUGAUUCCAAUAAAGACUUUUUCUACUUUGA